AUGGUCACCCUCCUCCUCCUCCUCGUCAUCAUCAACAUCGACAUCAUCAUCAUUCUAAAAGUCAAUAUCUUCAUUAUCAUCAUCGGCAUCAACAUCGACAACAUCAUCCUCAUCAACACUUUAAAAACUGAGCUCACGCUGUUUAAAGUGAACAUGGAACAUGCCGAUGCCUUGUGCUUGUCGUCACCGGAAAACAGCUCGAGGAUGAACAACUCCAGCUCCACCUCCGGAGGUGAAGGUGGAGGUGAAGGUCAUGAUGACCCCCAACACCUCCUCCACCACCACCAGCACGGCAUGACGGUGCUCCACAGCACGGUGAAGAUGGUCCUCAUCUCCGCCAUCGUCUGCACCUCGCUCUUCGGCAACAUCGUGGUGCUCCUGGUGUUCCAGCGCAAGCCGCAGCUCCUCCACGUGGCCAACCGCUUCGUCCUCAACCUGCUCCUGGCCGACCUCCUCCAGACCGUCCUGGUGAUGCCCUUCGCCAUCGCGGCGGCUGCCCCGGGCGUCUGGCCCCUGGACGCCAGGCUGUGCCAGGCCCUGGUGGUGCCCAUGCACCUCUUCGCCUUCACCGGCGUCAACACGAUCAUGGUGGUGUCGGUGGACCGGUACCUGGCCAUCAUCCACCCGCUGUCCUACCCGACGCGCAUGACGCCCCACCUGGGCACCAACCUGAUCGCCCUCACCUGGCUCCUGGCGGUGGUGCAGAGCACGCCGCCGCUCUACGGCUGGGGCUCCAUCGCCUUCGACCAGCACCACAACGCCUGCACGGUGGUCUGGUCGUCCAGCUGGUCCUACUCGGCGCUGCUGUCGGCGCUGUCCUUCUGGCUGCCGGUGCUGGUCAUGCUGGCCUGCUACUGGAUGGUGUUCAGGGCGGCGCGCCGGCAGAACGCCCUGGUGCACCCCAUACAGCAGGCCAACAACUGCAACAACCUGCGGCCGCCCGACUCACAGCAGCCAUCCCACUCAUCGGCAGACGGCUCCUCCACCACGACCGCCACCGCCACCGCCAGCAGCUACCCAGCACCCCGCACCCAGCGCAGGCGCUUCCACUACCACUGCAAGGCGGCGCGGGUGGUGUUUGUCAUCAUGGCCUCUUACAUCAUCAGUAUGGGCCCCUACAGUGUCGUCAGCACUGUAGCCAUGUGCUCCAGUCCCCACGCAGUGCCGCCCUGGCUGCACUCGCUAGCUCUCAUCCUCUUUUUCCUGCAGUGCUGCCUGCACCCCUACAUCUACGGCUACAUGCACCGCAGCGUGCGCAAGGAGUUCCUGGCUCUGCUGUGCGGCUCCCUCUGCAGGCCCGGAGGUGGAAGAGGCGGCCAGGGCGGCAGGGGUGGUGGGGGCGGCUCGGGAGCUGUGGAUAGCUGCUUUACCGUGACGGAUGGCCGUCUCGGCCACCAGGGUGCCCGCGUGUGCCCGCUACGGACUUGGGAGGAGGGUACUGUUUCGUCCUCCUCGCCCCCCACAACGGAGAGGAGGAGGUCCAGGGAUAGUCGUAAGGAGACCACCUCCAUCAGUCUGAGUUCUGACAGGGAGCUGACAGUACCGGUAGUGGAUUAAGGAAUAAAAACCACUGGGAAAAAAUGUUUUGGAGGCCUUUCCAAGGAGGACUUGAAAAUUGCGGUGGCCCACUGAUCCAUGGGCCUACUACUUGGCCCACCUAGUACAACACAAAUAGACUGUGAGCAGCAUACAGCAAGUGACCACAAUGUUGACAAGAAGCAGUUGCAGCUGGUUGUGCUGUUGGCUGUACGUAAGUGAACUGCUUCUGUGUGCACUGUGCACAUGUGUACUGUACGUAGGUGAGACAAAAGUAAAUGAUCAGUCAAUGGAUCAUAAAAUAAAUGCCCAGAUCUGAAUGAACUUUUUAAAACAGGAAGAUGAGCUAAUGAGGGAAAAUAACAUCACCUGUGUUGGAGAGCCAAAGGACUUUGACUUUCCUGUAUAGGUAUGUCUGAAGUGGG